AUGGCUGCUGAAGCCAAUGUGGGAGAGGUGCCCCUGCACUCGCUAGUGGAGGUGCAGGAGGACACUCGGCAGCAGAUCUGUGGAGGACGUGUGCUGGUGCGUAUCCGGCUGGCUCCUGACGAGGUCGCCUCGCUCGCUGAGCCGGAUCCCUUAUUCAGCCUGGUGCCUCGGGCAGCCUAUCUGCCCUUCCUCUUUCAUGAUGUGCUCGAGCACUUCAAGAAGUCGGCGAUCGCCCGCAUGGGCCAGCCCUAUGAGCUCUGGUUCGACUACAAUCACACGGCACUGAAGUGGCACUUUCCAUUGGGAGUGCUGUGCGAUGCCUUGGUUGGCAUGGAGGUCCCCGUCCCGCUUGAUCUCACGGUCCACUUCCGUGGAAACUCCCUGAUGAAGGAGCUGCUGCCCUUCAGUGGCAUGGCCGAUCUUCAGCGGUCGGUCAUGAACGCUUUCAAGCAGGCCAUCUUCUUGGAAGUGGGCUCCGCCUCGCGCUUCAUGCGCUUGGAGAAGAAGGAGCACAUGAUGCUCUGGGAUGCGAUACUUCGGAGCGACAUCAAGAGCUUUGCCCAAGUGGAGGAAAGGCUCAUGUGCAGCACGCUCCUGGAGUGCAAAAGUCUGGCCGUGCGGCUUCAUAUCUCUGCGCCUGUGCAUGGAGACGAGGUGCUGCUGCACAAGGCCCCUGCUCUGGACGAGUCUGGAGCAGCCUUCACUGUGGGGGCCUUCCUAGCCUUGGCAAUGCCGCCGCUGCUCAGUGCGAAUGGCGAUGGCCUUGCGGAGGGAGUUGAGGUGCUGACCCAGGGCCUGAUGGUCCCGUUGGAGACGCCCCUGUACUGGCUCUCUCUGCACGCCGGCUACAUGGAUCACUUUGUGCAUUUGAUUGCCCGGGUGCCGGAAAGCUUCCUCAAGCCAGCCUGUGAGGGCGAUGCCUAA